AUGGCGUCAACUAUGGAAGACCAUAUAAAUACUAUCACCACAGCCGAACUAUUAGAACACUCUGCAACCAAACGGUCCCAAGACGAAGUAACAGACUAUUCUUCGGAACAUAUAAAUACGUUUACAUUGGCUGCUAAUGAGAGUAUGCUUGCCGGCAAGACGAUUGAUAGGAGUAUCAUAACUGAAGAAGAAAAGGAAGCUAAUAAAGAGUUUUUUGUUGGUAAAGCUUCAAGGACACCUGAGAAUUACAUGUGCAUAAGAAACUAUAUACUUGACACCUGGGUUAAGCGACAACCAAAUUACGUCAGCAAAACAAGCGUUCGUCCUGCUUUGAAGCACUAUGGGGACAUGAACACAAUUGGUCGAGUACAUGCUUACCUCGAGAAGAUCGGAGCCAUCAACAAAGAUUGUUCAAUUGCUACUGCAGUGAGGACAAGAAGUCAGUUAAAAAGAAAGCCUAGUGAUUGUGAGGACAGAGAAAAACUGAAUGACGAUGACUUCGAAGACAUGAUAAGAAAGCGUCGAAGGAGUAUAAUAGAUGAGAGAGAUGAGGAUAUAUUUUCAAGAGACUCUCCAAUGGCUGACACUGAUGGUAAAGAUCAUAUCCGUGCGUCGUAUACAUGGCAUUUGUCACCAAUGCGAUUCAAUCGAACAUUUUUAAAGACAAAACAGGUCGCCGAAAGGGAAAACUUCGACGGAAACGGAGAGCACCCAUUCAGGCUGAUUUCACCGAAUACUUAUGACGCGUUCAAUCCUCCACCAUUCCAAAUUGAAAUAGUAUCCAAUGCCAAGCUUGUGAUGGAUUUUCAUGCACACAUGACUUAUAAUGAGAUAAUUGGUCUGCUCGGGGGGAAAUAUGAUGACAAACGACGCGUAUUGAAAAUUUUUAUGGCCUUUCCCUGUCAAGGCACAAGUACUGGUAUUGAGUGCGAAAUGGAUCCAGUUUCUGAGAUGCAUGCAAAUGAAGCCUUUGCUGCACGUGGAUUCGACGUUGUUGGAUGGUAUCACUCGCAUCCUACCUUUGACCCACAGCCGUCAUUGCGAGAUAUAGAAAAUCAAGCUCAGUAUCAGGAACUAUUUCGUCAUGAGGAUGGCGUGGAACCGUUCAUUGGUAUAAUAAUAACGCCAUAUGACAAACUGAAACCGUCAAAUGUUUCUCAAUUCCAAUUUAUUUUUGUUGGACCGGAUCUCGAGCCUCUGGGCUCUCACAGAUUGCCAUAUACCUGCGAUGCCGACACCAUUCGUAAUGACACUUUAUCGGACGAAGUGUUUGCACAACUCGUUGAGAUAGUGAGAGAUUUUCAGGAUAGCGCCAAUCGAGUGAAUAUGUGGGAUGUAUAUCGCGCCAAGGAAAGCACUCUACGACUUGACAAGUUCAUAGAAUCACUGACGGCACAUUUGUUUCUCUCACCUGAUGAGCAGCAAUGUUAUCUUGAUAGAAUCAGGGAGAUGGUUGAGAUCGAAUUCAGUGAGAAUGGAGAGAACUCAAGUGGCAGUAACAGGCAGAGUGAUGAUAGUAAUUGA